AUGAUGCUUGUUUCGAAUAAUGAAGCUGACGUCAGAUUUAUUGGAGAUGAUUAUUAUGAAGAUUCUGUAGUUGUGACAAUGAAAGGGCGGGAUAUUGAAAUGACUAGGAUACUAACGAUUUUUACAUCCAUUGAUCUGUCACAAAAUAAUUUUGAGGGAAAGAUUCCUGAAAUUCUUGGAAACUUCAAAUCACUCAUAGUGCUCAGUCUUGCUCACAAUAACCUAACGGGUAAUAUUCCAUCUUCAUUGGGGAAUUCAAUUGCUCUUGAAUCAUUAGAUCUCUCUUCAAACAAACUUGGUGGAAGAAUUCCUGUGCAAUUGGUAAGUCUUACAUUCCUCUCAUUAUUAAAUCUUUCACAUAAUCAACUUUCGGGACCCAUCCCUCAAGGCGGUCAAUUUGAGACAUUUGAAAGUGAUUACUUCAUCGGGAACAAAGGAUUGUGUGGAAGGCCAUUGCCAACGAAAUGCAACAAUGAUCCGAGGCCGCAAUUACCACCUGCAUUUUCAGAAGGAGAAGAUGAUAAUACAAGUGAAUUUGAUUGGAAAAUUGCGAUGAUGGGUUAUGGAAGUGGGGUGGUGAUUGGGUUGUCCAUAGGAUACAUUGUAUUCUCAACGGGUGAUGUUUGGUUGAGACAGGAAGGCAGCCAAGAACUUCUCGUCAUGGUUUUAUAUUUGAGUUGA